GCUUGAAAGGCAGUUGGAAGCUGCAGGAGGAGAGCGGCAGACUUAGGGAUGAGAUCUGGGGACUGGCGUGGCUGCAGCAGAGCUGAGAUUCACUGCAGUGAAGCCCAUGUCCUGUUUGCUAUUCAGGCAGCAGAAGUGGCAGGUGGCAGCUCUCCUCUGAUCCAGGAUGCCAAGACACACAGGGGUCGUCUAGCUGAACCAUCAGAGAGCAGAAUGGUCCCUUCUCUCCCUCAGCCUUUUGCUUGUCCUAGGUGGGAAGUGUUCGCUUGAAGGAGAGAGUGUGGCAUAAAGGCACACUCAGGACCCUGGGCAAGAGAAAGCACCACAGGGGCCCUGGAGCUUGUGGGGACUACACCAUCAUGCCGGAUGAUAAAGGUGCCUUCCAGGUUGUUUAUAUCACCAUAGAGGUUCUAAUUGCCCUUGUUUCCAUUCCUGGGAAUAUCCUAGUGAUCUGGGCUGUCAAAGUGAACCCAGCCCUUCGAGAUGCCACCUUCUACUUCAUUGUCUCACUGGCGGUUGCAGAUGUUGCCGUGGGAGCCCUUGCCAUCCCCCUCGCUAUCAUCAUCAACAUUGGCCUAGAGAUACACUUCUACAGCUGCCUGAUGCUGGCAUGUCCUGUCCUCAUCCUCACCGAGAGCUCCAUUCUGGCACUGUUGGCCAUUGCUGUGGAUCGCUACCUCAGAGUCAAAAUUCCUAUACGUUACAAGAGUGUGGUGACUCCCAAACGUGCCGGAGUGGCUAUUGCUUGCUGCUGGCUGAUCUCCUUCCUUGUGGGGUUGACCCCUAUGUUUGGCUGGAACAACCUGAACAGCAUGCGGAAGAACUCUAGUGAAUUCAAGUUCAUUGUUAGCUGCCAGUUUGAGAAUGUUAUCAGCAUGGAGUAUAUGGUAUACUUCAACUUCUUUGUUUGGGUGCUCCCUCCAUUGCUCCUUAUGUUUGUUAUCUAUCUGGAGGUCUUCAAGAUCAUCCGCAAGCAGCUUAACAAAAAGGUUGGCUCCAGUUCAACGGACCCAGAGAAGUAUUAUGGGAAGGAGCUCCAUAUUGCAAAGUCUCUGGCCUUGGUUCUCUUCUUGUUUGCUGUCAGCUGGCUGCCUCUGCACAUACGCAACUGUGUCAGCUUUUUCUGUCCCUCCUGGAAUCCCCCUCGCAUCCUCACCCACAUUGCAAUCUUUCUGACCCAUGGGAACUCAGCCAUGAACCCCAUUGUUUAUGCAUUCAGGAUCAAAAAAUUCAGGACCACAUUCCUGCAAAUCUGGAACCGGUAUUUUUCCUGCAAAGCAGACAAGAACAUGAACAAUAUUGAUAAUACUGACAUUGCCAUCUAGGCCCACAACCGUCAAGUCUCAUGGGAUGAUCUAUAAGCAUCCCGUUCGUUGUCCAAAUACCCAGGUUGGCUUUAUCUCCACUGUAUUGUAAUGCCAGCUCCUGGACAGAGCAGGCAAAAGCCAGAGCCAAUGAAGGGCAUUAUUUAUUACUACUAGUAACAUUCAGUGUACCAUCUGGUAUUCUAAGAGCUCUUCCUUCCCUGCCCUUUUAAAAAAUGGCAUCUAUGUUUACGCAUUUCAAGGAGAAUUAUACCAAGCAGAAACUGUGACAUUUUUCUCGUUCCAAUAAAGAAC